AUGUGGAAACGAACGUCGCCAGCAAAGUCCGAAACUCAAGGCAUGGAAAGCAAACCCGCUACGAAAGCAGUGGAAGAGGCCCGUGGUUUAGUAUUGAAAGGCAGACACUAUGCAAGCGCCAUUCUAUUGGCGGAUGACAUGGACCACCCGUUGCUAGUGCCGCUUCCCUUCAAAGAAGGCGUAUGGGAAGCCCAAACGAUCCAAGAUCUGGAGAUAGAAAUAUACAUCGGAACAGGGCGCCCGGCCCCGUCUCAUGUUCUGAAGUUGGAAAUCGACAGCGACUACUGGGCAAUAGCCUGUCACGCGACCAACCCAUUCAGGCCACUAAACAUGCUUGCUCAGAGGCUGGUCAAAGGGACGUAUGUAAGGGGACAUCUUCUCGUCAUAACGUUGGAGAAGGAGACGGGCAACGUCUUCUGUGCCGAGGUCUCUAUGCGCAAAGAAAUCAACGUCGCAUUGGCAAGGGUCCUGGGAGUUCAAAAAGCGGAAAUGGACGCGUUGCAGGCCGACGAAGGAAUGCCUGACGUCGUAGAUGGAUACGUCAUGGGACUUUGGCGAUACCCUCAACUUCGCCAGACACGUACGACUCUAAACGCUAGCGAAGGACAGACAUGGCAGAAGAAUCUCAAGGCAUGUCUGCUUGGACCAGGCGAGCUAUCAGAGAAAGACUUGGGAUCAAGUCUAGUAGGCGCAUAUUUUCUACCUCCAGAUGCAGAAGAAGCUGCCGUGGUAGCCCUGUAUGUUAAGCGAUACUGUGCCCCUUGCGAGGGGUUCAAUAAACUUGACCUAGAACCGUGGAUGGGAGAAGCGGGGGAGAUAACGGUCCUGCCAGUGGACCUACCUGGGGAAAAGGGUCGCAGACGGACGGCUCACAUCAUCGCUUCAGCAUAUGCAUCUGUCAACGAUGUCAACCCAACGCUCAGAAGGUUGGCGCCGGAUAGCGUUCAAGAUUACGUCGCACUGCGUGGGCCAUGUGUUGUGGUUGUCACCAAUGCUGUUGGAGAACUCUUGCGGCUGGAACAGACAGACUUCACGUUGUUUGCGCAAGCAUUUCGAAGGCUGGUCUGGGAUCUCGUUACGACAGAGCGAGCGACUCUGGCACGGCGAGCACUGACAGGAGUUCAGGUUUUCGCCGACAAGGGGGUUAUCCCUGGUAAUGUCUCCACCGACGUUAUCAGAAGGGUAGCAGUUGAGAUUGAAUGCGAACGUUUAGAAUGGGCGACUGGCGUUCUCCUCCCAAAAGAGGGUUCGGUAGCGUCGAUGGUUCCUGUGCCAUUUCAACGGGGCCCACCUCCACAUGUGGGAGCCAUGUCGGCCAGGGUGGAUCUUUAUCUUGACCAGCCUUCGUUUGACAACGACUGGUCAAAGGUCACCUUCAGAUUCACUUCGUCGUUAUCAGGAGAAGAGACAGAAUGUACAGUUUUUGGGAACUAUCGAUACAACGUCUCCGAUAACCCUAUGUUAAAUUCGAUGCUCGGGUCCAGCUAUGAUACCUUCAUUCGUAUCAACGGGCCAAUGUUGUUGGUUGCGGUCAGCAAAGACGGUUCCCUCAAAGACUUAGCGAAGGAGGACGUACCAGUUCUUUGCGAGGGAAUGAUAAGGGAAAUGCUACGGCACUUGGAGGAGAGGGUGAUCUCACCAGACAUUGUCACCAUACCGGUGAUUGAACAACACAUGACAUCGCGCGCAGCAAACAACCCAGAAGACUUCAACCGCCUGCGUUCUGAUACAGAACUGCGACAUUGCGACGCAAUAUGGGACGCUUGGGUGGAAGAAUGGCAAACGACGAACCUACACGGCGUUCCAAGAACGUGUGGAACAUGCAGCGACGCAGACUCCUGUGCACCAGUUAAGGGCAUGUUCAGCUGUGUAGGAUGCCAUAUAACGGGAGCAGAAUGCGGGUUCAUGGAUAGAUGUUUCAAGGGAAAACGGACUGCGGUUGGCGACGGCGAUGUCGAUGCUAGUUCCGUAUGGGAAGGUAACACUCGUCAGCUCUGGGACCGUCUGCAAGCUAACGAAUUAUCAGGUCUCAAGAAACUAGAAACAAUCGUGCGCAAAAUUGAAACGCUGGGAUGCGGAGAUGGGGCAGCCGUUGAAGCGAUAGGAGAUCUCGACUCUAUCUGCCGAAGAAUUACUUCCAGUUGGGCGAAAGUCAGGGGCGCUCAGGCGAACGAAAAGAUUGAGAGCGCCCGAAGGGGAUACGUUCUCGACGAAAUCCAAUAUAUCCUCGACGAGGCGCGAGAAGUUCGAAAUGGAUCGGAGUGGGACACAGAACUGGUAGAGAGAAAAAGUAUCGAAUGGACGAUGGAGGGGGCUGAAUUCGCUUAUACUCGAUCAGGCGCGGCUGCGACUUUGCAUCGCAGUGUCACUGGGCCGCGUACGAAGGGCCUUCUCCGACGAAGGAACAGGAGAGCCGUAUCCCUUAUCACCCUGGACAAAGGGAAUGGCAACGAGGGCGGAAGCCAUAAUGGAGCAGGAUAUGGAAGGAGUGCGGGUGGAAGCAUUAUUGCUUCCCCCAGACAGCGCAGUACCGGUUUCGGUGUCACUGUUUACGAAGAAGUGGCCGGCUGGUUAGGAGACGAAACGACAACCAUGAAUCUCUGCAUCAAGCCUGCGCGAGACCCCGAGAGAAGGAGGAAUUUCGUGAUAAUAGCCCAACGCGAUGUCGAUGUUAAGUUCCCAAAAAACCCGUCCCUAAUCCAGCUCCUGCCUCGCACAUUCCAGCCAUUCGUCGCUGUCUCGGGCCCAUGCCUAGUGGUGGUUACGAACGCCAUAGGUUGGAUUGUGGACGCGCAACCCGAGGAUUUCCAGUCCUUCGCAGAGGGAUAUAUAAGUCACGUAGUCCAGAAAGCAGGGGAGGAACAGGCGAGGCGGAUGAAAUGGAUGAUGACGGAUGAGUUGUCGCUUGAGGUGGAAGACAAGAAACUUAGGCAAUCCAUUACCUGGGCGAAAGAAGCUAUUGAGGGAGACCGAAUGGAAAGUGUGUUAGGACUUCUCCUACACGAGAACAUCGCGCGUCCCAUCAUAGUUCCGGUUCCUAUUCGUGGCGAAAAAACGGUUAUGCAAGGCCUUGGAGGGAUUGGGAUAACACAUUACCUACCUUCCCCAUCGACGUCUACGAUGUGGGAAGCUGAAGAGUUUCCACUGGAAGGGGUGGGCAGUGGUGAGGAGGAGCGGGUUUUAGCUGUGGGAUGGUAUUCCAUCAAGGUAACGACAUCCGUCGAUCACAAGUCCGAGUCGAGGAUUCUUACGAAGCUUUACGUACAGGGACGAGCAAACCCCACCCUCAAUCGGUUGCUGGGCCAGGGGACCGAGUUCACUGGACAUCGGGGUCCUUUGUUAUUGUUGAGGGUUAACGAGCGGGAGGACCUGUUGGACAUCAGCAGCAUUCAUGUCCCGAGAGUGUUGCAUGGCUUGGCUCGGUAUGAUUCGUUGGACUCACCGUGGUAG